AUGAAGUCCUUUUCUUUGCUUUUUGCCGCUAUCCCUCUCGCCUCGGCACACGUCCAUGCUCGUGCUGCUGACGGUCUUGUCAAGAUCAACUCAUACAACUACACCAACCUGGGCGGUCCUCUCAACUGGUAUGGCCUAAACACAUCUGCCAAUGAGGCUUGCGCCAAGGGCUCUCACCAGUCCCCCAUUGACAUCGUCACGGACGCCAUCAACUAUACGCCUGCCACUGCUCUCAACUUCAGCGUUUCCACUGUCGACAGCGCCAAGUUUGAGAACUUGGGCUCUGGCUUGGAAGUGGUCAUCACCAAUGGAUCCCUCGUCGCCAAUAACAAGACCUUCCCUCUCGCCCAGUUCCACUUCCACACCCCUAGCGAGCACCGUGUCAAUGAGGAAUACUUCCCCAUGGAAGUCCACUUUGUGUUUGAGACCGAGGCCAAGGAUAUUGCCGUCAUUGCUUUCUUGCUAGAGCUCUCCCCCUUUGGCUUCACCACCCCUCUCCUCGAUUCUGUCUUUGCGCACUUGGACGACAUCAGCACCCCAGGCACAUACACCGAAACCAACACCCUAGAUUUCUCUGGCGUCAUUGACCACUUCAACAGUCAUGGAAUCUACUCUUACACCGGAUCCCUGACUACUCCUCCUUGCAGUGAGAAUGUGCUCUGGUACGUCAGCACCGAGCCUCUGCCUAUCAAUGUGCAGCAGUACCGUGCCGUCAAGAGCGUGCUCAAGUUCAAUGCUCGCUAUACUCAGGAUGCCCUCGGACAGCCCAAUCUGUUGCAGGUUUCUGCUAAGACCGCGCAAUAA